GGUGGUAAAGUGCGUAUUCAUAGCAAGGUCAGACCGUUAUCACAGCAGGCCACCUUCAGCGUGGAGUUAUAGGGCAAACAUGCUACGUGCCCACCGCUUUCCACAAGCAGACAGCCAUUCGACUCAAGGGUAGGUCACUCAAUCGAAGAACGUCUUGCUGUGACUGUUGGGCGUCUUGAGUGCACAGUUGUCCACACCGCGACGAAAGCUUCGAUUAAAUAGUCAGCGUGUGUUUGAGCCUCCUUUGCUCACCUGCAUGAAAAGAGCUGCAAUGUCUCCAUGAUCUAGUUUGCAUAUACGGUGAACCCGUUGAAGGUCGGGAAAACCCCCGUCUCUCUACGAAAAGCGACCUUCACCCAGACGUGAGGCCUACCGACAGCAGACAUGUCUCUGAGGAGGCAAAGCAGCUUUUUCAGAACUUUGAAAAACAUCGAGCCUGAAUAUGAUGAAUCUGAUCUCGAUAGAGGUGAAAAGGCUGCAGCAGAAAACAGAUGGCUUUUUGAAGUGGCAUGGGAGGUGGCAAAUAAAGUUGGAGGUAUUUAUACUGUAAUCAAGACCAAGGCGCCAGUAACUACAGAAGAAUGGGGAGAGCAGUACUGUCUGAUGGGGCCCUACAAUGAAGCAUGCGUCCGCACUGAAGUGGAAAUCCUGGAACCUCAUCACCAUGUUUACCGUGAGACCAUCAAUACUCUGAGGCAAGCUGGCAUCAAGGUGUUUUUUGGGCGCUGGCUAAUUGAUGGGUAUCCCAAAGUUGUAUUAUUUGACAUUGGGUCUGCGGCCUGGAAACUGGAUGAAUUCAAACAUGAACUCUGGGAGAAUGCAGGUAUUGGCAUUCCGUGGCAUGAUCGAGAAUCAAAUGAUGCUGUCAUCUUUGGUGCCUUGGUUGCCUGGUUUUUGAGCGAAUUUUUGAAGAAUUUGCCAUCAGAUGCUUCAGUGGUUGGUCAUUUCCAUGAAUGGCUAGCAGGUGUUGGGCUUAUUUUAAGCCGCCUCAGGCAACUAAAUGUCAGUGUAAUCUUCACUACCCAUGCAACUUUACUGGGUCGAUAUCUUUGUGCUGGCAGUGCAGAUUUUUACAACAACCUCGACAAGUUCAACUUAGACAAAGAAGCAGGAGAUCGUCAGAUUUACCAUCGGUACUGCAUGGAGAGAGCUGCCGUGCACUGUGCCCAUGUGUUUACGACGGUCUCCGAAAUUACUGGCACGGAGUCAGAGUACCUCUUGAAGCGCAAGCCAGAUGUUAUCACACCUAAUGGACUGAAUAUCAUCAAGUUCAGUGCUUUGCAUGAAUUUCAAAACCUUCAUGCAAUCAACAAAGAAAAGUUGAAUGACUUUGUCCGAGGCCACUUUUAUGGGCACUAUGACUUUGAUCUUGAUAAAACUCUAUACUUUUUUACUGCUGGCCGUUACGAGUUUUCCAACAAGGGGGCUGAUAUGUUCAUUGAAUCUUUGGCUCGUCUCAACCAUUACAUGAAAUCUUGCAGCAGUGACAUGACAGUUAUAGCCUUCCUAAUUUUCCCAGCUCGCAACAAUAACUUUAACGUCGAGUCCCUGCGAGGGCAGGCCAUUGCCAAGCAGCUGCGUGAUACUGUCGGUUAUGUGCAAAACCAGAUUGGGAGGCGCAUAUUUGAUGUUUGCCUCAGGGGUAGUUUACCAAAUGGUGAUGACAUUUUGCAGCAAGAAGACAUGGUCAAACUUAAGAGAUGUAUAUUUGCUGCACAGCGUCAUAACCUUCCUCCCAUUUGCACACACAAUGUAGUAGAUGACCACAACGAUCCAGUUCUCAAUGCCCUUCGUCGCUGCCAACUCUUCAACAAUCGCCAUGAUCGUGUCAAGGUUGUGUUCCACCCAGAGUUUCUGAACUCCACAAACCCUCUUUUCGGACUGGACUAUGAAGAUUUUGUACGAGGAUGUCAUCUAGGCGUUUUUCCAUCUUAUUAUGAGCCAUGGGGCUACACCCCAGCGGAAUGCACUGUGAUGGGAAUCCCCAGCAUCACAACCAAUCUUUCGGGUUUUGGGUGCUUUAUGCAUGACCACAUCCAAGACCCCAAAACCUAUGGUAUCUACAUUGUGGAUCGUCAUCACAAGAGUGCUGAAGAUUCUAUCAAAGAGCUUGCUCAAUACAUGUUUGAUUUUACCUGCCUUUCGCGGCGCCAGAGAAUCAUCCAGAGAAAUCGCACUGAGAGGCUGAGUGAACUACUUGAUUGGAAAAAUCUGGGCAUUUACUACCGAAAGGCUCGCAAUAUUGCCUUGGCCAAGACUCGCACUGAUCAGCUUGAUGACGAUGUUUUUUCGAUCAAAAGUUUCAAGUACACGAAACCUGGGUCUGCACCACCUUCACCCUCGAUUUCUCGGUCAUCCACUCCUUUGCUAUCUGAGAAUGAUGAUGAUGAUGAUCAUCAUUUGUAUGAUGAUGAAGAGGACGCAGACAACUCAAAAAAGAAAUAAUACUGCCGCAGUGUUAUUUACUUUCAAAGUGGUCUGUAUCAUUACCUGUAUGUAAAAAUUCCUAUCAAUUUUACCACCCAAUGGAUUCUUGGUUUCAUAGAGUGACUUCAUCAAAUAGCCUCAAGCUUUGGAGUUUCUGCGUGUUACCUAUGAGUGACACUGUUGAUGAAAGAAGGCUGCAGUAAUCUGUAGUAUGUGUUGAUUAUAGUUUGUCUGUAGAACCAAUUUUGACAGUAUGGCAAUGUUUAAAGCAGAAUGUGAUGAUGAUGACUCUUUCAGUUUGUGCUUCCUGUCAAAAUUUAGACUUACUCCAGCUCUUGUUUUAGUUAUCAAUGGAGCUGUAAUCCCUCCGUAAACCAAAUAAGAACUACUAAAACUAGAACUUCCCUUCAAAAAAGAAACAGUUGCUGGAUAUCAUAGUCAUUUGUUGCCAUGGUUAUGAAGGUGAAUUAUUUUUUAAAUGGGUUAUUGCAGUGUAAUCACUUAACUGUCUUUGAGGUUGGACUGAGCUGUUGUAAUGAUACAGAAUAUGGUCGCAGCAUACUGGUAAUGUCUGAGGCCAUUCCAUCUUUAACAUAAUCACAGUGUUGACAGUAUAGGAAUUAUGUACUUACCACUUUGCCUGACUUAGAAUUUCCCAUCUUCAGAAAUAUUAUUACAAAAGAGCUAGAGAAGAUACAACAAUAAGUCAGAAUUAUGUCGCAAGUUUAAAGUUAUUGAAAAAGAAAAAUAAUUUUUAUCUGAAUAACUCUACACUUGUCCUGUUUUGUAAAAUCUGGUUAGUUUUCUGGAGUCAGACAUUCAGAAAAUUCAAUAUUGUCACAGAGCGGCAUAUCUUUGUUUUGUCAGAUGUACUUUUUUACCUUCACCGUGUAAGAAUCUGUUAUAAAGGGACUUGUAAGUAUCAGACAUGUUCUAUUGCGCUUUGUUCUUCUCAGUAUCUUUGCAAUGAAAAGGGAGGGUCUGUUGUCAGAAUCCCUGAACUUGUAAAAAUCAUCACAUUCAUGGUCCCUUGGAGGAAAUUCAUGUGUAAAUGGUUUCCUCAUAAAAGAGUUAACUGUUCAUGCAGUUUCAGGAAAACUUAAAUGUGCAUGAGUCAGGUGAAGCGCGCUGGCCACGUAUUAAAGAGUGCAUAUUGAGAAAAAAUGCUGCAACUGAGUUUAUCUUUCUAUCUUUGAUGUGGGUGGUUUGUCUUGCUGUAAAUGUAGAAGGUACAAUGUAAAAUAAAUGUUUUCAAGCAAGAAUCCGAGUCAGUUUUUGACACUUGUGCUGCAGAUGUCAUUUAGAAAACUGCAAGCAAGCAAUUUCUUAUCUCUUUGAGUUGUAUGUCUGAUUUUUGCAGUCUUUAUCUCUAAUUUGACUGCAUGAACUGAUCAGUUUUCUGCUCAAUUUUCUUGUGUUUUCCACAAGAUUUGUUCAAAGCCACAGACAUUUUUGGUGCAUAAAUAUUUUAUUAGAAACCGUUAGAGACCAGUUACAUUGAAAUAGGGCUUAUAUUUAGAUAGAUUUUCUCCAUCUGAGGAGGUACUUACAGAAAUAAGUAAAAUAAAAAAAAAAAUCAGUACUUGAAAGUACUGUAACAAGUAUAAUUCAAAUACUGAAGUGCAUUACAACAUACAUUGAUGACAUUUCAAAACUUUUUGUCUCCAAAGAGGUUACCAUUUUAAUAUUGGUAGUACAGAAAUCCACAACACUCAGAGACUUGAUUGCUUAAUAAAAUAAAAAUAAAAGUAUGUGAAUACAAAAAUACAAUUUUUUACUUCUUUUUUGCUAACAUUUCUUGACUUUAAUAGAUUGAAUUGAUUGUGUGUGUGUGAGUGCAUGUUUGUUUCAGGUUUUGAGGCAAAGUUUGAGACAUUUCAAACUUAGUUCAAGUUAUUUAUAUUUUGCUGAAAAAAAAUCUAUAUCUUUGUAGUUAGUCUGACUGCAUCGUUUGAAGUUUCAUUUGGUUUGGGUGUAUUUUUUUUCUUUUGGAAUUGAUGGAAGUUUAAAGCAUAUUUUGACUAGUUUUGCUUUGUUUGUGACUGAUUUUUUCAUUAGGAAUGGGGAAAAGAGUGUUAUAUUGCAAUAUUAUGAGUUUUUACUUCACAUUAGCUUUUCUUCGCAUUUGAUAUUUUGUGUAAAACUAUUCAGAUAAAAAUUUUAACUGGAUCCAGCUGGGGACCUGUAUCAUACUGCGGGAAUAUGUGAUAAACUGUGAUCAGUAUCCUCAGUAUUACAUGCUGGCAGAACAUUUACUGCAGGUAUAUUGUUAACAGUACACACACAUGAGAGAGUGAGAAAAAGAGUGUAUCAGGGUGUAUAUUUGAAUUCAUGGAGGCUGUUGGCACUUGUCAUCAAUGCAGAGGAUCUGGUGUCAUACACUUAAAUCUCAUCUUUGGCUUUCUUUCUUUGCAUGUUGCACCUGUUUACAAGAACUGCAGCUUUAUUGAGAUAUAGGUUGUUUUGCUGGACAAAGUGGAACCCAUUUGUUAUAUUCCCAUGGUGGGCAUGUUCUGUUAGGCAUGCUGCUAUGAAGCUGGCAUGACCAUUCUGCAAGUUACAGGCUGUGCAUGUAUCCCAGUCCAGGAUAAGAAGUAACUGUAUGGUAGCAUCCAGACUUGUAAGUGCCUGACAUGACUUCAGGACAUGUUGAUAUGCUGUUUGAACUGGUUCUUAACAUGUUAGAUUGUAGUACUGAAACCUCAGUGUGAUGCUGAUAAUCCUUUUAUUACUACAUAUGCCUGCAGAUGCUUAUUUCUUUAACCAAGUUUCUUAAAUGUUAGGAGACCCAGAUUUCUUGAUAACUGUUUUGGUCUAUAUUAAUGCCAGUAUCUUUCUUGCAGUUUUUGUUUUUACUACCUUGUGCUGCACCUUGAACCGACCUCUAGUCUAAUACAGUGAUUCCAGAUUUUCUGGUGGUCUUAGUUUGCAUGUAUACAGAUGGUGGUAGAAAAUAAUUCUGCCAUGAACGCAAGUGUGUUAAGGAAGAUGUUCAAAAUUUCCCCCAAGAAACUUUUUAAAUUUGUGGUACAGAACUAAUAAAGCUAUGGAUAAAAGAUUGGUUCCAUCUCAUUUAUUACACAUUUCGCAUGUUUAUUGCACUGAUCCUUAUUAAAUAACACCAGAUUCUGCUACUGCAUAUGCUAUAAAUACUGUCAAGAAUUUGGUACAAGGAAAAGUGCUUAAACAAUUUUACUUACCAUAAAUAUCAACAUGCUAAUACUCGUAUUUUUGCUUAAAUUUCUUGUCAACAUCUUGUGUCGUUUACUUAGAUAUUGAAAUCUGUGUGCUAUGUGAUUAGUUCAUAUUUUGACAAUAUCCUGGAUUUUUUUUUAAAGACGUUCCAUUUGUCAUAGUCUGCAUAUCAAAAUUUCUCAGCGUUGUGGUAGUUCAUGAUGAAAGUUUUGUCAAACUGGUGACAGUUUCAAGCUUAAAGUUAAUACGUUCAGGGAGCAUUCUGUGAUCCUCAUGUAUGGGUCUGUUGUAUCUCUCUUGAUAGAUAAUAUUGAGUCCUUUAGUAAUAAAGUGGCCCUUUAUUGAUGAUGUAUGUAUACAAAUGUACUUAGGGUGUGCACUUGUAUACACAUGUUGCUUGAAUGCAUUAUUUUUUAAUUCCUGCCUUGUCUACCAAUCAGUUUUCUUGAAACUCAAGAUGGCUAGAUGACUAUAGUCAGUUUCACAUUAUGUUUGAGCCUUCCAGUUUUACAUGAGUAAUUUAGGCUGCAUUUAUCUUGCAAGCCUUUUAAAUUACUUUCAAAAAUCACCCAGUUUAUACUUAACAGCUCUCAGGUGUGCUUUUCUGCCUGUCAUUUAUAUUAGAUGUUGCUGUUAUUUUCUUGUAUGAAAUGAUUUUUAGUUGCAUUUUGUUUACUGCAUUUACUAAAAGUGUCCCACUGGCAAAAUUAGAAGCAAGAAGCUCGUAUUCAUAUAUUUUUAUCUAUUAUCAGUCCCAUUGCAGAUAAAAUGUUCUCACUUUGUAUACAGGACCACUAGACAUUAUUUUACUCAGUUUAAGUUUGUGUGUUGAUUGACUAUUGGCUUGGUUAACCUUGAUGCUUGUAAUCUGGAGCAUGUGUGUACUUCGGUGAAAAUGCAAUAGUUUAUAGUUGAUGCAAUAUAUUUGUGAUCCAUAUUUUAAUAUAUUGUUUUCUUUUAGAAUAAGUGCUUGUUAUUUUUAGAGACAUUAAAUUGGGUAUGAAAUUUAGCUGAUUGUAUUACUGAAAAACUCGACUAUAAAUUUAUUAAAUAAUAGUCUUCAA